UUUUCAUCCCGGCACUACGUGAAUGCAUUAUCAGACAAAGGAGUGUGAUGAGAUUGAUUUUAGUGUUUAAAUAGUUAAAGCCUCUAAACACCUGUAGUUCACCCACAUAGGUGUUUUCUGAUUGGACCUCAUCACAGGACUAUGUGAGCAAGUUGGGUUUGACGGCUCAACUCUCCUAUUAUUCAGUAGCACCCAUUUUGGCGGGUUGACUUUUUGACCAGUCCUCGUUCUCAUUGGUCAGAUUUUUGUGACAUCGGUCAAUUCCCUCCAUAGUCACGCCCCUUUGUUUUCAUCCUGUCCUGGUCUGAUUAGCAAGAGUCGCAAAUAUGUAGUAACUGUGGGCGUGUACAGGCUUAAUUUAAUCACCUUUCAUAUUCUGACCUUCAUGGUAUGUGCUGACAUUUUUCUGUUUCAAUGAAUGUAUUGGUUGUUGGAGCAUUUUGACCGAGAGGUGUGUACUCAUUUCUCAUCAAACCUAGCUUCCGUAGCAUUAGCUUCGGCUAACGGAAUACUUAAGCUAGCUUUUAGUUAAAUUUGCGGAAACUGUACUACAUUUUAAUGCUGAAAAAGUAGUUAGCGCCAGGCAUAAAAAACAAAAAGGUUUCAUUUCGAGAAUAAAGUCGAAAAUUGUGACCCGGAAGCACUUUGCAGCAGCAGCAAACAACCGGAUGUUGAUGUUUUGUUAGAAAGUUUUGCUGUAGUAGCGCUAAUCUGCUAAGCGAGUUGUAAAGUCGCGAAAUUCUUAUUGACGUCAACCUGCCGAAUCUGGAAGAAACGAUGCGGUGACAACGGGUGUUUGCCACACACACACACACACACACACACGCCAACGUGCGUCCUGACACGACAACGUUCCAUUGCAAACAACCGCAAACAGUUUUGAGAGGCGUGCAAGUUACCGAAGCUAGCGUAGCUCUGCUAACGUUUGUGUGACAGCUAACUGAGCUGGCCCCGCAACGCGGUCGUUUGGGGCUAUUUCGACUUGAAUGUCGACAUCUCGACUUCAUUCACAACAUUCCGUCUCUUCUCCCCGAAGUUGUAUUUCCACUUUAGUGUCGACAUUUCCAGCCUUUUUCCUUAUGCCUGGCCAUCAUUCUCUUCCGUAGACAAAGACCUGUCAAAUCUGUCAAUCAUAUUUAUAUGAGGGGGGGGGGGGGAAACAAUCCAACAACAACCGGACUUCACCGAGCAACGCGUUACACGGAGCCCCGGGCAGCACAGGGGGGCAUCGCGCCGGCCGCUGCCUCUGGAAAGUUCCUCUCUCCUCCCUGUCUCUCUCUCCCUCUCCGUCGCUGACUUCUCGUGGGCGUCCGCGGGGAAGGUGUCGCGGGGAAGCACCAGCCACCAGGGCAUAGGAUGCCUCAGAGACAGACGAGCCCGAUGACGCAACGGGUUUACUCAAUGCUGCCUAAUAUCGCGCGGGACAGGACAACACUUGCAGGGUUUCCCACGUCUCCCAUGACGAAAGGCAGGCUGAGGACGCAGACACCGACCGACCAAACGUGACCGAGCGUCUCUCCGAGUGCGGGAACACGAGCUUCUCUCCGGACGCCGGGGCAGAGAGUCUGACGAUGGCACACGUUAUCCUGCUCCUCUUACCCUGUGUCGUCAGUGCACGGACGCGCAUAUUAGUCCCUGGACAUCAAGCAGUCAUCUCCACAGAGCCAUACAGGGAGAGCCGGAAAGUUCUUACUACAACAGGCAAAGAAUGUCGAUUCCCUUUUCGUCAGGGCGGGAGGCUCCACCAUCACUGCUCCACCAUCUUUUCCUCAAGACCAUGGUGCUCCCUCACUCAUAACUUUGAUCGGGACCGGCAGUGGGGCUUCUGUGCGCCAGACAAAACUCAACCAGACGUUUUUGUCCACACGUCUCGCAGACCAACAGACCCCUGUCAAGGGAACCCGUGUCAGAACGGAGGCCUCUGCACGCUGAUCCCACACAGACACACGUUUGAGUGCUCGUGUCCUGAGAGCUUCUCUGGGAGAUUGUGUGAACAGAAGAAGUGCUAUGAAACCAUACACCUGCGCUAUUAUGACAUCGGAGAGUCUUGGGGACGAAUUCACCUCCGCAAUGUGGAACAGUGCACAUGUGUGGCAGGGGAAAUCGAGUGUGAACGAGUCCGCUACACAAUGUGCCGCACCAACCCUUGUCAAAACGAUGGAACGUGUCGACUGAUCACGGCCUCCGGCAAGGAAGUGUGCAACUGCAGGCACAGCAAUAGUGGCCCCGACUGCAGCUACGAGCCAGAGACUGAGUGCUAUAACAGCAGGGGAAAGAGUUACCGAGGGCUGGUGAGCACAACGAUGUCUGGCGUCCGGUGUCUGCCGUGGAACUCGGACCUGCUGCACAACGAGCUCCAUGUGGGCACGGUGGUUGCGUCGCCGCUCAGGGGCCUUGGCGAGCAUGCCUACUGCAGAAACCCAGAUGGGGACAAGAUGCCGUGGUGCUACACACUCAAUGACGACGCCAUCUCCUGGGAGUACUGUGACGUCCCGUCCUGUGUGAUGCCUGUGUCUUCUUCUCGAAGGAUUAUCCCGUUUAAUAAACCACCACCCCGAAAGCCAAGCAAACAGCCGGUGUGUGGGAAAAAGCACAAGAAGAGGUUGUCGAUAGCCAGGGGGCGGAUAAUGGGUGGAACCUCGGCUCUGCCGGGUACUCACCCCUGGAUGGCGGCGAUUUACAUCGGAAAGUCCGACUUUUGCGCCGGCACCCUCGUCUCCUCUUGCUGGGUCAUCUCUGCAGCGCAUUGCUUCUUCCGCAACCCGCUCAGGUCUCAGCUGCGCGUGGUUCUCGGCCAGCAGACCUUAAACGUCACUGGUCCCAACACCAGGACGUUUGGAGUGGAGGAGUACAUCUUUCCAAAACAGUUCUCAGUGUUUAAUCCAACGCUACAUGACAUCGUGCUUAUCAAACUGAAGAAGCAGGACGGGCGGUGUGUGAGGAGAACGCCGUUCAUCCGGCCCAUCUGCCUGCCGGACAAAAGCAUGGUGUUCCCCGACGACUACUGCUGUGCUAUAAGCGGCUGGGGAUACAUGCAUGAGAAGGCUGAGGGUUACUCCAGUCUGCAGGAGGCUGGAGUGAGACUGACCCCCCACGACGCCUGUAGGAAGCCAGAGGUCUACGGCAACCACGUCACCGCUGACAUGAUCUGCGCGGGGCUCUACGGCUGCGUCGACGCCUGCCAGGGCGACUCUGGGGGCCCUCUUUCUUGUGAGAGGGAAGAUGUCAGCUUCCUGUAUGGAAUCAUCAGCUGGGGAGAGGGCUGCGGCCGCUCUGGAAAACCUGGCGUUUACACUAAAGUGGUAAACUAUAUUGACUGGAUCAAUUCAGUGAUCAGACGCAAACCCAAGGCUUCAUGAAUGGAAAUGACCUGGACAUUGGCCUUAGUAUGAGAUAAUGUACUGUAUAAUAUAUUAUAACUUGUUUUUUAUUGCAAUGAUUGUGGAAGUUUAUAGUUGUUGUUUUUUUGUUACUGUGAAACAUUGUGACUGAAUAAACCUUCCCUGACUUGAAA